AUGCCGGCAGUCCGCUCCUUUUAUACUGUUGUCUGUUUGGCAGCUUGCCUGGCGCAAGUUUGGGCUGGUGACUAUAGCCAAGGCGGCAACAACAAUGACAACAACAAUGGCAACAACUACAAUGGCGGCGGCGGCGGCGGCGGAGGCUCCUGGGGUAAUGGUGGCCAAGGUCAAGGCCAGGGCCAAGGCAAAGGCGGCUGGGGUGGUGGUAACGGCGGCGGCGGUAGCGGCAGCGGAAAAGACAACAACAACCAGCAGCAGCAAUGCCAGGCCUCGACGGUCAUCCAGACCUCUGUCAUGACAGUCAAUGCCGCACCCACCACGAUCGUCCAGGCCCAAAAUUGCCCGCCUGCCGCUGCGGCCGUGACCAUGACUGAAACUAUGACCGUCACCGCCGUGUCACCAUGCACAGCACCCGCCGUGACCGCCUACGUUACGCAAUAUGUGAACGCGCCACCUGGCUGCUGGUGUGGUAGUGGCUCUCCCCCAGCUAAUGCGGCUGUAUCUGCCUGGGCAAUGGGAGGCUCCGGCGCGGCCGCGGCUGUCAUGGCUGCAGGCAAUGCCCAGGUGUUCACAUCCACAAAUGCCGCUUUCACUCCUGGUCUCUCUUCGAUUCCUGCCGCUCAGGCCGUCAAGACCGGAGUCACUGUGGCCGGGGCCGCGGCAGCAGCCACUCCAGCAGCAAGCAGUGCUAGCGCUGCGGCUGUCUCUCCUGGAAGCUUCUUUACAGAUGCAUCUUCAGCCUCGGCGUCGGUAGCAUCUUCAGCAUCAGGUGAGUUGUGA